UAUGACGUCGUUGAUGCAUAUAUAUGCAUUUGCCAGAUCACCCGCGAUUAAUGACGUCGUUGAUGUGACGCACUUGACGGCUGUUUAAUGUUUUGCUUAAAAUGCCGUCGAACGGUCGCACUAUGGGUCGCAUACUAAAAUGCCGUUAAUCAAUUUGUGUUCCGUUUUCCGAUCUGCGUUGCCCUUUUGGUAUGUUUUUUUCGUCGCGUUUGCAUUAUUAUUGUAUAUAGUAACAAUUUGUGCUAAGUGCUAUAAGUUGAUUUUAAUUGUUGUACAUCUGGAUAUACCAAAACUUGACAUCAUCUCAGGUAUUACAUACCUACCUAACUUGGUUUUCACUAUAAAUGGCUAUAAAUAAUAUAAACCUCUAUAAAUGUCGAAACACAUACCUAUACUAAGAAUAUAAUGGUUUAAGGAACUUUUUUGUCUAAGAUUCUAAGAUUGUAAAGGAGGACAUUUGGGUGCAAGGAGGACUUUUCUUCUAAAAGGAGGACUGUCCUCCCGAAAGGAGGACACUUGGCGACCCUUAUCAUUUAUUAUUGGUUCAAGCUGGAGUACCUAAUUAUUAUUCAUGACUGAAAUUAGCAUGCUGAAACUUGGGGAUAGGUUCAGCUCAUUCGCUGACGCAAAGAAAGCGAUUGAGGAACUUGGUGAAAAUACAUACACAACAUUUUGGAAAAGAGAUGCCCGUACAAUUGCAAGCAGUAAAAUUGUGAGACCAAUAGAAAGCUCUUUGAUUUAUUAUCAACUUCUAUAUGCAUGUAAUCACGGUGGAAAGAAGUUUAAGAGCAGUGGGAAAAACAUUCGACAGUCUUGGACAUUUAAAGAAGAUUGCCCAGUACAUGUAAGAUUCAAAGCAUCGUCUGAUGGAAAAGCACUCGAGGUAACAUCGGUUCAAAUGAAGCACAAUCAUGUCACUUCGAAGGUUCUACAUGCACGUAACCCUAGCCAAAGAAAACUUUCCAGUAACAUGAAGGAAAGCGUCAAGGAUUAUUUGAAUAUGAAGGCCAACAAAAAAAUGACACAGCAAAAAUUUCCAAACCAAACCAAACCAAACGAAACCUACACGCAAACACGAAAGAAAUGUCUUUUGUUAUGCAUGGAACUGGCAGACUUAGCAGCUCAACGGACGGGCAUAUUAUUUGAGCAAAGGCUUAAUGUAUUGAAAAAUCUUAAAACCCUGUGGGCCAAUGACACUAAUGUUGGAAUUGUGCCUGUAGACGAAAAUCAGACACAGUUUUUUAUUGGAAGCGAUGAUGAACUUGUAUUUGAAAGUAAAAAUCAGUCUUCAGUGGAACACUCUGAGAUUUGUGACGAGAUGGACCUUCAAGGCAGAAACAAAAUGAGUGAAGCGCUCAUAUUAGAUAAUAGAAAUACAUCAACUCUUGGUCAGUCACCUGUGGAAACACCUGAGUUUUGUAACGAGCUGGUUAUAGAGGAGGAAAUGACACCAGAUGAAGCGCAUCAACAUUCCUAUUAUUAGUGAUUCAGUUUUAAAUGAAGUCAACAACCAGUCCCAUCAGAUAGUUGAAGUCAAUGAUUUCGCUUUGACAACAAAUAAGAUGCCUGUUUCAAUAAAAAAACGAGGACGUCCGAAAGGACAGGACUUAACAGUCAUAGCACUACCAAAGAAAAAGAAAAGAUGUACUGUAGCAUUUGCUAAACAAUCCUAUCAUGAAAAACAAAAUGUAAUCCUGAAUUUCUUCGUUAAGGAUCGUAACAUCGUUAGAGACAUCACAAAUGGGAAAUUUCUUGAAACUGUAGACCUUAAAAUGCUCCCCGAAGAAAUAUCACAUGCCGUUCUUGAUGAGGCUGUUGAUAUCCACAUGAUAAGAAGUCUUUGCACCGAGAAAGCCUUUGAAAAAAUAGCCAAUCUAGUUGAGCAGAAACGACUUCAACAAAGUUGAUUUUGUUCUGUGUGCAGUGAAGAUACACAGAAAAAUCAUAUGUCACUUUGUUGCAGUAAAUGCCUUCUAUGGAGACAUAUCCGUUGUGCAGGAUUGACUAAGCGACCUAAAUCAAAACUGUGGUUUUGCAGAGAAUGCUAUCUGUAGCAUUAUUAUUUUUAAGUUGACAUAGUAUUAUUUUUAAGUUGUCAGUUUAUAAUUUGCAAUAAAAACCUGAAAACCAA